GAAGUUGGCAACAAUUUUAACGAUUAUAACCUAUAAAACUAAAAACGUCAAAGUUGGUUCUACUUGCUCUAUUAACCCAUUUGAAUUAAUGUAAAUCGCGAAAAGACCCUCAAAGAAGAACAAAUUAAGAAUUUUUUAUAAAAAUGUCCUCAACGCCUAAUCAACUUUAUAUUAUCGGAGCUGGUUUAGUGGGCAUAAUGGGGGCUGUUAGUAUAAUAUUGUACGAGCAUUUCCGCCAGGAAAGACGUAGUAGAGCUAUGGCUCAAAAUUUAAAUAGAAUUGAUGCACAAAUUACGAAUAUGAGGGAAGAAUUGGAACGGAUGAGGAAAUCGCAAAAAGCUAAAAGAAAUCAUUUUUCAACAAAACCAACCAUUUCUUCAGCAAAAUCUUAUACAAUCUCAGACACCGAGGAUUAUAAAUCGCCAUCAGAUACUUCUGAUCAAGAAUUUUUUGAUAUUUCUGAUGAAGAAGUUGAUGGAUUAGUGCGUGAACCAAAGGAAUUAACACUAAUUGACAUUGAUAAAAGAUUAGGAACAGAUGAUACUGAAAUAAUCCUCGAAACACUAACUAUUUUAGAUAAUUUAUGUGGAAAAUAUCCUAACGAUCCCCAAUUUUGGUAUCGUCUAGCUAAAUGUUGUCAUGCAGCUGCCGUUCAUUCGGUUCAACCUCAAACAAAACGAGAAAACAUCUCAAAAGGUGUUAAUGCUUGUAAUAGAGCUUUAAAUUUUGAACCGAAUAACCCAGAGGUGCAUAAAUUGUACGCGAUUUUAGUGGGGUUAAGAUCUGAUUUUGAACCAACCAAACAAAGAAUCGCGGAUGGAUUUUUAUUUAAACAACACGUUGAUAUCGCGAUUAAAUUAAACCCAACGGAUGCUUCGUUACAUCACAUGUUGGGGAGGUUUAAAUACGAAAUAGCCGGGUUAAAGUGGUUUGAAAGAAAAGUAGCGACCGCUUUAUUUGGAGAGCCUCCAAAUGGGACUUACGAUGAAGCCUUAAAUUGUUUUUUAGAGGCCGAGAGAUUAACAUCGAGUGAUUGGAAAGAGAAUAAAAUGUAUAUAGGGAAGUGUUAUAUCGCUUUAGGGGAUAUUCAUAGAGGUAUCGAUUGGUUGCAACAAGCUAUUGAUAUAGUUUCUGGGUCUCAAAUGGAAGAGUUAAGUUUAAAUUCGGAAAUUGGGAGAUUAUUGAAUCAAUAUAAUGUUUAUAGAUGAGGGAGUUAUUGUUUUAAUUAACUUAAAUUUGGUGCUUCGUUUCGGGAUGGACUAGUUUUAAUAGUUUUAUGGAAUUAGAAAGUGCUAAAAAGGUUUUAUUAAAGUGUUAAAUAGAUGUUUUUCUAA